UCUGGCACUGUCUGCAGGAUUUAUAAUAUGUUCUUUUUACGUCCUUUUUAAAGAAAUGCUCAAUAUGCUGUGAGGUGGAAAUUCGACCCCAACAGUUCUUUUUCAAUCGCAACAUUGCAAAUAAGCAAAUAAAUCAAUGGAUGGAUUAAAUAAAAGGGUGAAAAAACUCAUUUGGGAAUUUAAAAAACCAUAAACAGCUUUGACAACAACAAGUGCUUGACAAUAUUUGAACAAGAUGCCCUUGCUUGAAGGACACGGAUCUCUCCGGUGGGGUGACAUAAAUACGUGAAGACCUCUGCUUCGGGACAGAUACACCGACAAACUGCAUUGACAAGUUUGAUAGUGUUAGGACGCAUCUGCAGUCAUGAGGACCGUUCUCAUCUUUGCCCUGCUGGUAGCGGCAGCACAGUCUAUGAUAGUUUGCCCACCAAACUUCUGCAAGUCGGUUAAGUGUGAUUUGAGCGCCGUUCAGAACUGUGGCGGUAGAGUACAGCAGAAGGGAAGCAUGUGUGGUUGCUGCGAUGUCUGCAUCCAUCAACUGGAAGAAGGAGACAGCUGCUCUGCCACUCUGCUCCUCGGCUCCCCGCCUUCCUCUGAGUGUGGCGAGGGACUGUUCUGUGACAUCAAUACAAGCAAAUGCCGUCGACAGACGUGCGCUAUGUCUCGCGCUUUGGUUUUGGCUCGUAUUGAAGAGUCAAGGCGACAGGGGCAACCUCUGCUGGGUGCUACACCACCUACCUGUGACGCCGACGGUACUUACAGUGCCAAGCAGUGUAUAGAAGCUAGUUGUUUUUGCGUAAACAAGGAUGGAGAUCGUCUUGGGGACUAUUCAGCAAGGUUUUGGGAGGCAAAAGACAUGACGUGUAAUUGUGCACGUGAUGAAGACGAAUACCAAAAGAAAGGUCUCAUUGGAAAGAUGUACAUCUGCAACGAAAACGGAAACUACGAGAAAUACCAGUGUACCGGAUCCGUCUGUUACUGCGUAGACGAGAAGGGGUCCAAGUUGGAGAGCACUCCUCCCGUAUCCAUCUCCGCCGUGAAAACCCUCAAUUGUUAA